GCCAGGAGCUAGACCAGCCUUUGCCUUAGAAUUCUGUUGGUGGCUAGAAAUUUACAGAUAGAUUAGAUAGGGUGGAAGAACUAAAAUUAGUUUAGAAAUUCCCCACAGGGUGGAGGCUGAGCAGCGUUCUCCUUCUGACAGUUGGCCUGUGCACUUAUAAGACACACUUAAAAAGGUUUUAUUUAUUUUUUGGGUCAGACUGAGAUUUGUAGACUCCAUUGGAAACCUAGACGAGAAAAUCUUAUGAUGGAGCCCUCACCUUGUGAAUCACCAGCUGACACUGUACAACACCUUGCAUCUCAACUCGGAUGUCAGCCUACAGACGAGCGAGUUGCUCUCCAUCUUGAUGAGAAGGACAAGCUGAGGCACUUCAGAGACUGCUUCUUCAUCCCCAAAGUGCAGGAUCUGCCUCCAAUUGAUUUAUCUUUAGUGAAUAAGGAUGAAAAUGCUAUCUAUUUCAUGGGAAAUUCUCUUGGCCUUCAACCUAAAAUGGUUAAAACAUAUCUGGAAGAAGAAUUAGAUAAGUGGGCCAAAAUGGGAGGCUACGGUCAUGAAGUAGGGGAACGUCCUUGGAUUGUAGGAGACGAGAGGAUUGCGGGCCUUAUGACUGACAUUGUGGGAGCCAAUGAGAAAGAAAUAGUUCUGAUGAAUGGUUUGACUGUUAAUUUACACCUUCUACUGUUGUCAUUUUUCAAGCCUACCCCAAAACGGUAUAAAAUUCUUCUAGAAGCCAAAGCCUUCCCUUCAGAUCAUUAUGCCAUUGAGUCCCAGCUCCAACUUCAUGGGCUUAAUGUUGAGAAGAGCAUGCGGAUCGUCAAGCCAAGAGAGGGAGAAGAAACCUUGAGACUGGAGGAUAUCCUUGGAGUGAUCGAGAAGGAAGGAGACUCGAUUGCAGUGGUUCUUUUCAGUGGGGUCCAUUUUUUCACUGGCCAACACUUUAACAUACCUGCCAUCACCAAAGCCGGGCAAGCAAAGGGCUGCUUUGUUGGCUUUGAUCUUGCACAUGCAGUUGGAAAUGUUGAACUCCGCUUACAUGACUGGGGAGUGGACUUUGCCUGCUGGUGUUCCUACAAGUAUUUAAAUUCCGGAGCAGGAGGUCUGGCUGGUGCCUUUGUCCAUGAAAAACAUACCCAUACAGUCAAACCUGCGUUAGUGGGAUGGUUUGGCCAUGAACUCAACAGCAGAUUUAAAAUGGAUAACAAGCUCCAGUUAAUCCCUGGGGCCAAUGGAUUCCGAAUUUCAAACCCUCCCAUUUUGUUGGUCUGUUCCUUGCAUGCUAGUUUAGAGAUCUUUAAACAAGCAACUAUGAAAGCUUUGAGGAGAAAAUCUAUUUUGCUAACAGGCUAUUUGGAGUACCUGGUCAAGCAUCACUCUAGCAAAGAUAAAGCAGAAAGCAAGAAACCGUUUGUAAAUAUAAUAACUCCAUCUCAUGUAGAAGACCGGGGCUGUCAGCUAACACUCACAUUUUCUGCUCCAAUGAAAUAUGUUUUCAAAGAAUUAGGAAAAAGAGGAGUGGUUUGUGACAAGCGAGAACCAAAUGGCAUUCGAGUGGCUCCCGUCCCUCUCUACAAUUCUUUCCAUGAUGUUUACAAGUUUGUCAAUUUGCUCUUUUCUGUCCUUGACCCUGUAGAACCACAAAACUAGUUGUGUUUUCUAGGAAAUUUAAUGAAAUCACACUGAAAGCGGCUGAGAUUUUUUAAAAUUACUCUUCAACUUUUAAUGAAUGGGAAUGAUUUCUAUUUGAUUGCACUGAGGAUGACUUACAUAAUUCACAGAAAAAUCCAACAUCAUUUUCAGAAUCGAUGCCGCUAAGUAGUCCUUAAGUGUGUCCAACUGCUCCACCCAUUCUUGGGUCCUAAUCCCUACUUUGCAGGGUGUUCCUUUCUUUGAUGUUCCUAUCAUCUCUUUUUGUUUUAGUUUGGUUUUUUUAAGGAGCUUUCUCUAGUGCAAGGGUUUAAAUAUUCAUCUGCCUCCAAAGCAGUAAAAUAAAUAACCUCAAGGCUUUUAUGAUUAAGGAUUUAAAGAUUAGAAAAUAAAAGUCUCAUCUCCUACAUCUUUAUUCUGAAUGUGCGGUCACAGUGUCUGCUACACUGUCGCAAAGUUCAACUCAGUUCUAUUGCACUUAUUCAGUUUUCAGUUGUUGAUGCCACAACCAGUACUUCUGAAUUGGCAAAACAGUCUACAUAUAUACAUAAACAGCAAGAAAGAGUGAAUAUGAAAUAAUUAUUGCUGCAGAUUAAGUAGAUUCGAUGCACGGAACUGAUUUAGACAAUCAGAUAUAAUAGUAGAGGCACAUUAAAAAAAAAAAAAAAGAAGGAUCACCAAUACCAGCAACUACCAACACCAGUACCUACUGACAUUUCUCAAGUACUUAUGAUGAGUGGUCUGACAAUGGCUGUAGCAAAUGGCUGUACCAUGGCUGUCCUCUCCAACCUGUGGUAGUACUCAUCUUCCUAAACGAAGGCAUGUUUAAAACUGUAACCCAGGACUAUUUCUGAUUUCAGAUGGAAGUCAUUUUUUAAACAAAUGAUGGUGACCAAAUCAGACUAGGCUUUAUAGUUCACACAAGUGUAACUUAGAAGAACAAUAGAUAUUAGAUAAAUAAACUCUCAAAUAAAUAUAAAAUUAUAAAACAAAACAUUUUGUGAAAAUCAAAUAGAUAAUACUAUGAGAUGGAAAAUUUAAGGGGAUGAAUUGUAUAGUUCAGUGAGAGAAAAUGUGUAGUGGUGUGACAUUUUUUACUACAGUUCUUCUUCUAUCCAGGUCUGUGUAACUUCCACAGAAUGAUUGAGGUUGGGUGGGGCUAUGCAAAUAGGGUGUUUGUAACACUAAUUGAGGGAGUUGGUGAAGUUUUGUUUCCACACUCCUGGCGACUGGAUGAGCCAUUUUUUGAAGCAGGAGCUGAGAGAGCCCCAGACAAUCUGAAGAAGAAUACAUUCAAGAUUUCUGUAUGAAGUGGUGGAGGUCGAGAUCAGAGCACUAGACCCUGGGGCACAGAAUCUACAGGACAGAUCAAAGGAGUCAGGCCAUGACCAGAGGCUGAGGCAAGAGACAGAACAGAGUAGCAGCACAGAGACCAUGAGAUUGUGAAGCAGAGCAGGAGAUUGGUUUCUAAUCCAUGGAGCCAGGGCCAAGGGACCAAAGCACUAAGAGGCUGGGGACAAGAACAGACUUGUUGCUGGCUGAGAAGAGGUGUUGCUGUGGACCAAUGAUUGCCAUCCUUACCACUUACUAAUCGUGGCUUAUAAUAACCUGUUAACUCCCCUAAUAAACCCUCAUAAUGGUGA